AUGCAAGCCGGUUUUGCAUUUCUUGAGGCUGGAUCAGUUCGAUCAAAAAACACCACAAAUAUUUUGCUAAAGAACACCCUGGAUUUAUUUAUUGGUGCUAUAAUCUAUUGGUUAUUUGGUUUUGCUUUUGCGUUUGGUGGCAACAUGAAUGACAUCAAAGGAGAAGCAGAAAGGUUUAUUGGUCAUACAGAUUUUGCACUAGCUGACCUUAACAGUGACGCAUACGCAUUCUGGUUUUUCCAGUUUGUAUUUGCGGCUACUGCUGCCACAAUUGUGAGUGGUGCUAUAGCUGAAAGAGCUGAAUUCAUGGCAUAUCUAAUAUACUCAGGAUUAAUUACAGGAUUUGUGUAUCCUGUGGUUACACAUUGGGCGUGGUCUAAUGAAGGUUGGCUUGUUGCAGGAAACAGCGACGUUGCAUACCUAGAUUUUGCAGGUAGUGGUGUUGUCCACAUGGUUGGUGGUAUGCUUGCCUUAACUGGUGCGAUAUGUAUUGGUCCACGUAUUGGACGAUUUGAUAAGACGAAUGACCAGUCUAUACGUGGGCACACAGUCCCAAUGGUCUCGUUAGGUGGUUUCAUCCUUUUCUUUGGAUUCCUUGCUUUCAACGGAGGAUCACAAUUAACUAUUUCCUAUUCGGGCGAUGCAAGUGUUGUUGCACUUGCCAUUGUUAACACGAUUCUAUCAGGUGCUGGUGGAGCUGUCACAACCAUGUUGAUGAAAAGAAUUGCGACGGGAUUGUUUGAUGGACACUGGAGUUUACUGACAACUAUUAAUGGAGGACUUUCAGGCAUGGUCUCCAUAUGUGCUGGAUGCAACUCUGUUGAAACCUAUGCUGCCUUCAUUACUGGUCUUAUUGCUGGUAUGGUCUUUAUGUUAUGGAGUUUUGUCCUUGAGAAACUUAAAGUUGACGAUCCACUUGAUGCCGUUGCAGUACACUACGGAUGUGGUUUAUGGGGAGUAAUGGCUGUGACGCUUUUUAACACAGACAAGGGCGUUCUUUAUAAGUGGAGCGAUCAAUCAUUUAAUCAGUUUGGUUGGAACCUUCUCGGGGCAUUUGUCAUUACAAUUUGGUCAGCAUUUUGGGGAUUUCUGAUUUUUGGAUUGUUACGCAUUUCUGGAUUAUUACGCGUCCCCCGUCAUAUUGAGCUGAAAGGACUGGACGUGCCCAAACAUGGCGAACCGGCAUAUCCAAUCGAAAGCUAUGGUGAUGGGUGGUCUCAAACGGCAGCUGUGAAUGCUAAUAUCCACGACGCUAUCCAGCAAGAAAUCCCACCUGGUGCACUGCAAAGUUAAUUUCGCACAUUUAAUUUAUUGACUUCCCCUAAUUUUGUUCUCUAAAACACAGCAUAUUUCUCAUAUAUCUUUAUCACACCUCUAAAAAAGAAAUUU